CAUUGGGCCAGGCCCGUUUGGCUGGAAGGGGUGGGAAAAGGUUUCCCGCCAUUUUGUUUCCCGUAAAAGCCAACGAGCCACAACAGAGCUCUGCUGCUUCGUCUUCACAUUCAGAACGCUAGAAGGGGCAAAAUGGAAAUCGUCCGGUCGCAAAGGAGACCACCGGCUGCCGCUCGCGAUGUCGUUUCCGAUCUCCCUCUCUACCGCUCGGCCCCGUCGCUCGAGGUCAGGCUCGAAGAUUUCGAGCUUUACGCCAUCGAUCGCCUCCGAGUUCUUAAAGGUAUUUCGGAUGGAUUAUCUCGAGGAAAAAAACCUGAUGAAAUGGAGACAUUGGUAAGAUCUCUAUGGAAGACAUACAUGAGUCAUCCACAUGCAUCUGAAGUUAUUAACAAGGACAUCAUUUCCCACUUCGUUCUGCGCCUUGUGUAUUGUAGGACGGAGGAUUUGAGGAAAUGGUUUCUUUCUAUGGAAACUACCCUUUUUCGUCACCGGUUCCGGCUGCUUGAUAGUCCUGAAGUGCAGAGGACACUGAUGGCAGAAUUUGACCUUCCUUACAAGGCAGUAAGCAAUGAAGAAUUAAAGAGUGUUAAGGAAACAUUGAUCCAAGUAGCACGGUCUAUUGGUCUUUCUUCAUCUGGUGCUGAUAUGAUCUUCUACAAGGUACCUUUUGAAGAUGUUCCAGAAUUAGUGGCCAGUCGCAGGGUAUUUAUCCUGAAAGGGUAUGCAUAUGUAGCUAUGCAUCAGGUGGUCUCCCUUGUUGUCACACAAUUUCGUAGCCAUCUUUCAAAGGCACUUGUGCUGACAAACAGAAAAUGGACAUCCACCAUUAGAGAACGAGAGAAGGAUCGGUUGACUCCUAUUGUGGAAACCCUGGCCACAAGUUAUUUGGGUCCUGACUAUUCCCAGCCAAGAGAAUUUGCAGAAAUAUCUUUGAAAGACAUUGAGCAAGUAGCUAGAAGUUCAUUUCCUUUGUGUAUGCGUCACCUGUUUGAGAAGCUGAGAGAGGAUCAUCAUCUAAAGCAUGGGGGAAGGAUGCAAUUGGGUUUAUUUCUCAAGGGUGUUGGAUUGAAGUUGGAUGAUGCACUUGCCUUUUGGAAAGCUGAGUUUUCACAUAAAGUUGGUGCUGAGAGAUUUGAUAAAGAGUAUGCAUAUAGUAUACGGCAUAACUAUGGGAAAGAAGGGAAGAGAACAGAUUAUACGCCUUAUGCUUGUCAAAAGAUCAUCUCGUCAACACCAAGUGUUGGGGAUCAUCAUGGCUGCCCAUUUCGUCAUUUCAGUGAGGAGAAUUUGAGAGCAGCCCUUGGUAAAAUGGGAGUUGGCAAUCGUGCAAUGGAAGAUGUGGUUGAUAAAGCAAGGAACAGACAUUAUCAGUUGGCUUGCACGUUGACAUUUGAAGCUGUUCAUGGCUCAUCUUGUGAUGCUGGAAUUAAUCAUCCAAAUCAAUAUUUCAUUGACAGCCAAAAGAUCCUGAAACAGUCCAGCGGUAGCAAAUGACAAUCCAAAGGGAUAGGGCAAGGAAGUGUUCUCUGCAACAGAUCUGUGAAUGCCUGCUAUGUUUUCUCAACAAUAUGUUAAAUGAAGUAUGUCCCAGCUGUAAAAGUUGACUAUCAGCUUAGCACUAGGCUUUUCUUUAUCUUUACUCUUUUUUAAAAAUUUUUGUUAAAGAUGUUAAAACUUUGUGACGUGUUAUAUGUAUCUCAUGUUUUACAUCUUCACAAAUACAAAUGCCUAUAGCCUGCCUAUUGGAGAUCGACAUGGCAACAUUGUUACAAGUCAGAUGCUGCUUCAUCAAAAUCAUAUCGCUUCGGUAACCACAAAAUGCAUCUAACAUCAACUGAUAGGGCAAAGUUACUGGAAGAGCUUUCCUUCCUUUUUCCCUGUUUCUUUUCAGAAACUUAUUCCUGCUAAUGAUGGCUUCUUUUUUCUAAUAAAGAAGAAUGCUCGUACUCUACAAAUCUGGAAUGAUCCUUGAACACCAACUGGUAAUUGAACCUCUUCAACACCUGGAGGUGGGUGGGUGUGUGUGUGUGGGGGGGGGGGUGUUGACAUGGGUGCUAUAUUUUGAACUUCAUAUUUUGUAAU